AUGUGUUUCUCUCAAAGUGUAUGGGAGAUCAUUGGGCAGGCGGACGGCGGUCUGUCAGUCCUGCGUACGUUCCGUCUGCUGCGGGUCCUGAAGCUGGUCCGGUUCCUGCCCGCCCUGCGCAGACAGCUGGUGGUUCUGAUGAAGACUAUGGACAACGUAGCCACCUUCUGCAUGCUGCUCAUGCUAUUCAUCUUCAUAUUCAGUAUCCUAGGCAUGCAUCUGUUUGGCUGUAAGUUUGGUCUGAAGCUGGACAGUGGAGACACGCUACCUGACAGGAAGAACUUUGACUCGCUGCUCUGGGCUAUCGUCACUGUGUUCCAGAUCCUGACUCAGGAGGACUGGAAUCUGGUCCUGUAUAACUGCAUGGCCUCCACCUCUCCUCUCUCCUCUCUCUCCUCUCUCCUCUCUCCUCUCUCCUCUCUCUCCUCUCUGGUGAAGCUAACAGGUCAUGGUGAUGAUGGUGUUGGUAAUGAUGAUGGUGGUGAUGAUGAUGAUGAUGAUGAUGAUAUCUUCAUCAGGGUGAUGCUAACAGAGUUGAAGCUCCAGGCGAUGAUGUUGACUCCUAAUGGCCUUCUGAAUCCCCGAGCCUCCAUGCCCCUCCCACCCACACAGUCACCGUGGCAACAACCGCCGCCACCAUCCCCACGGCAACGCCCGCCACUCAUCCUGCACACAUUGGCCACGCCCACAACUUGCGACAGCCAAUCACGACGGGGCAGCGCCGUCUCUACGGAUACAAGCAACACCCUGGACCCCAGGUCGCCGUCUCCAUGGGACAGCCGGCGCGCCAGCUGGUCUUCUAUUGGCCGAGGUCCCAGCCUACAGCAGCGGAGGAGUCAAUCAAGUGAGAGAGAUUCUCUGCUGUCAGAAGGGGCGGGGUCAGAAUGGUCCAAUCCCAGCUGGGGGUGGAGCAGGGAGGAGUCUUUCGACCUCCUGGACCAAUCAGAGUAUCUGACCGUGCCGAUGCUCCGCCCACCUGACUGUAACGGGAAGACCUUUCACCUCCCUGACGCCGGGACCCUACGUUACUAUAGCGACCACGAGGAGGAGGGAGGAGGAGGGACGCUGAGGAGGUGA